AUCUUGAACUCCGAGGAGCACGCGUUUGUCAUGGACUGGUUAUCCAGCGUACUCUUAGCUGGAUUUGUGGUGUAUGCUGUAAUCCACCAAUUAUCUGUAUGUGGGCUUGGCCCCGACAUUCACUUUAUACACUACGAUGUAGAGGUUAACUUUUUCAUCAACGUGUUUCUGAAUGUUUGUCCAAUCGUGUUGAAUUUCAAACUGGUCCAGUCCUACGGGCGAGAUUUGCGUUUGGAGGCAAAAUGCACCAAGGUCUCUGUGCAGGCCGCUUCUGACGUGGGCAGGGCCCUUGUCGAUUUUGAUUUGGACAAGGCGCAUUAUUUGAUGACGCGUAUGGAAGAAGACUCCCCGAUCUUUGAGCCGUUGAUGAAGUUAAUCGACAACUUGCGGACGUAUCGGCCAUUCUUGCCUGCAUACCUUUUCCCGGCGGCCCCCGACGGCCAGUGCGACCCAACGAACAGGAUCAUCGCAGAAGCAAUAUCGGGAAAGGCUACGUCGUGGAGUCAUGUUACAACGGCAGUUGAAAGGUUGCGAGACCCUGAUUAUUCGCUGAACGAUUUUCACACAGAUAUGGAGACUGCGUUUCCUGAGCUCCAGCUUUACACAGUGGAGUCGGAUGGAUCGUUGUGUUCCUCUGGGCGGACCAGCCUCGAAGAGUACCAACGAACUCUCGGAGCACUCUACUCUGUAUACUGCAUUGCCCGUCUUGACAUGGACGGAAAGGAGAUCUUCUCAUUUGGUGUUGACGUGAACGGGAAGCCCAUGACAGCGACAAGUGGAGAGUCCGAGGCCCAGAAGAUAGUUUUCUACAGAUCCAUGGACUGGAGGCGGAUGUUGGAGUUGUUUGCGCGAGCAGGUCUUCUGAAGGUGUCGAGCAGGGAAGGCAAGCGUACCUUCAAAGCUGGCAGGCGUAGCAUUGAAGAAGCCCCAGUCUGUACGCUCACCAGUUUGGAUGUGGAUAGCAGCCGGCCUAGCAUGAACAGCAGUUACGUGCUUCCCAUCAAGAGUAUUACUUCCUCCAGAACAGGGGAUCAGUUCCCGCGGGAGUUGUCAGUCAAACCUUCUAAGAGUCAGAGGGACAGCGAAUUGUCAUUCAGAAGUGCGACAACGCCAGUCGCGAAGAGACGUACAUUUUCACCACAAGAUCCCCACGACUGCGACGAAGACUGGAACCUCAGGAUCGAGGUCGAUGUCGAACGUAUGACCGCGUUUCUUGCGUUGACUGCGAUCCACGACAUGGGUCGGCGAAUAAUGAAAAACCCGUGCUUGUCGAUGACGGUCCACAAGAGGCACGCGCCGUACCAGGGCGUGGCCGAGGGCUGCCAGAUCCACGACCACGACCUCGCGCUCAUGUACGUCAUGGAGCACUUCCCGGGGCUGCUGCCCAGCUUCCACGGGCUGGGCCCGGGCCAGCGCGCCGCGGUGUUCUUCUCGCAGGGGAAGAUGGGCUUCAACAACGGCUGGCUCGUGCAGGGGGAGGCACCACCCGGCGCCCUCUUCUCCAAGUUCAAGGAGGUCAUCACUUUAGGCGGAGCGUCCGAGCCGGACAUCUGCUUCUACUUCGCCCACUGGCUCACGGACCUGGCUGGCGCGGAGCCCUUCGGCGCACGGCCGUGGCCCGGCUCCGAGAAGUUCGCGCAGAAGUUCCCCAUCAAGGUCCUGCGCGCCUUCCUGGACUCCUUCAACUAUGUCGGCCGGCUGAGCCGCUCCUCGGAGGUCGAGGUCAUGGAGGAGUACCUGCACGGCCGGUGGCUGGCCCUGGACCUGCCGGAGGACGCCGUCCCCGAGGGCUGCGCCGUGGCGUCGCGGCGCGUGGCGCUCAUGGCGCAGGGCUUCGAGCUCGCUGCGGUGACCGCCCUCAAGGCCCUGCCCGCCGUCGACCGCGACCUGCUCGCAGCCGAGCUGGCACGCACGGGGCUGCAGGAGCAGUUCGCCAGCGGCCCGCCCGCCGUCUGCGCGCGCCCCUUGGGGCCGGCGCUGCUGGUGUACUACGCGCCCGCGCUGGUGCAGAAGGCGGGGGCGGCCGAGGCGGGCGGCGCGCUCCUGGUGCUCGCCGCGGUGUGCCGCGCGGCGCGGGAGCUGUUCCCGCUGGAGGCGGGCGCCCACGCGGUGAGGACCGGCUGGCUCGGAGAGGCCUUGAAGGUGCUGACGCCGCAGCAGAUCGGCGCCGCGGGGCCCUGGCUCCUGCGCCGGGUGUCUCCAGACGACGCGGUCGCCGUCCCCUGCGGGUCGGACGGUGCCGACGACACUGGCGAGGACGUUGCCCUCAUCAGGCUGCCAGACCUGGGGGCGAUCGAGCCGGGCGAUGCCCCCAGCUGGCACAGGAGCAGGCCGAACACCUUGGAGCCGCCGGCGCCGUAGAGGCGGCCGCGAGCAUCGCUGCGAGAGGGCCGCGUUUUUCCCCUCCAGCAGCGGCCCCGCUGACUCGAGUCUCACACGCCCAGAGGCGAGGAGGGCCCGUGUCACGAUCCUGUCUUCUGUCGCCCCUGGGCCCCUCCCGUCGACAAGCAAGAAGCAAGCAGCGGCAUAAGCAUAGGCUUUUGGGGGUCGGCGCAGGUUUCUUGGGUCGGUGCUGGGCCCUUCUUCCUCCCUCGGCUGCUGACUCCCUUGCCCGAUGGGGUUCGAGCUGCUCGAGCCUGACUGUCAGUCCUGCCUUGCCUCGCCUUCUUCCGUGGCGGAGCCAGUGUGCGGAUGCAUAGGCGCGGGUGCAGGCCUGCGCAGGCGCUCGGAGGCCCCGAGCAGUGACAGCUCUGCUUCUCUUUCAGCAACGUGCAGAUGGCAUCGAAAGCUCGCGAGCCACAUAUGCUUGUGCUUACGUGGCAUAGGUGUACAUGCAUGUGUAUUUAUGUAUAUAUAUAUAAAGACAUGCGUGCCAAUGUGUAUAGGAUCGAAUGCUGACUGCUGGCCUCGGUCCGUUCUCCCUGCCAUUGGCCCUUCACCAUAUCUAUCGUCCCUGCCCUUUUAUAUUUUUAUGCUACAGAUUUCAAGCGCGUAUUUUUCCAUGCCCGCGCGUCUGUGAUGGACGCCCAGCUUCAAUGCGUGCCGAGCGACAUCUGUGCUCAAAUCGACAAGGAAAACGA